CUUCCGCCCAAAUCAGUCACAGCUCCGGAGCCUCUGUCGGUGUCUCCACCACUUGGGCUCCAGAGGACACAGAUCGCGGGGAUUGUGGCCAAACAGCACUUUUCCGGCUAUUUGCAGAUCGGACAAUGCGCCGAUGAGAAGUUUUCGGGAAAACGAUGCUCAGGAAAGUGCAUUUAGGCCAUGAGAUCCGCAACAUCUCAACUAACACUUACAAACGCCUUUGAAGUUGCUCUGAGUUGGCGGAGGGGGAGUCGUGUCUUUUGAUGCAAAAAGGAAGAUCCGAUCUGAUACAGAAACGGUCCUGAUCUUUGUCCAGAUGCUCAGUCUCUGAGACUUACACUGCAGAGAGGGAGCGAGAGAGAGAGAGAGACAUCCUGCAUUAGCUGUGUGGAAAGAUGGGCAAAACAGCCUCCGUGCUCUUCUUGUGUUCGACAGUGGCUCUCCUGGGGGGGCUGAUUUUCGGGUACGAAUUGGGCAUCAUCUCGGGGGCAUUGUUGCAACUCCAGCAAAGCUUUGCGCUCAGCUGCUGGCAGCAGGAAGUGCUGGUCAGCGCUCUCCUCAUUGGGGCUUUCCUGGCCUCGCUGGUCGCAGGGCCGGUCAUCGAUUACCACGGCAAGAAGAAGGCGAUGUUGCUGGGGACGAUCCUGACAUGUGGAGGCAGCGUCAUCCUCUCACUAGCGUCCGCCUUCACGGUGCUGGUGACCGGACGGUUGGUCAUUGGAUUCGCGAUGUCCGUCUCCUCCACCGCCUGCUGUAUAUACGUUUCCGAGAUGGUGAGGCCUCACCAGAGAGGCAUGUUGGUGUCUUUGUAUGAAGUUGGGAUCACGGUGGGAAUAUUAAGCGCUUAUGCAUUAAAUUACGUUUGGUCGGAUGUGGGAAGUGGAUGGAAGUACAUGUUUGGGUUGGCCAUCGGGCCAGCGGCCCUACAGGGUUUCAGCCUCAUCUUCCUGCCUUCAAGCCCUCGCUGUGUCACAACUGGAGAUGAUGAGUCCCAGAAAGUCCUCCUGCAGCUGUACAGCACAGACCGCGACCACCUCGACUCACAAGACGUCCAUUCGGCUGAAAGAAUCGAGGACCAGUACAGCUUCCUGGAUCUAUUUGGGUCGAAGGACAACAUGAGGACUCGGAUGGUGGUGGCUCUGGUGUUGGUCAUGUCCCAGCAGCUGACUGGGCAGCCCAACGUCCUAUACUAUGCUUCGAUCAUCUUUAGGUCCGUGGGGUUUCACAGCAACCAUUCUGCAGUCCUGGCUUCAGUGGGACUAGGAAUAGUGAAGGUUCUGGCCACUUUGGUCGCCAUGGUUUGUGCUGACAAGGUGGGCAGGCGGACAUUACUGAUGAGCGGCUGCACUGUGAUGUCUGUUUCCGUCACUGUGAUUGCAUUCCUGAACCAGAACCUUACGGUGGAAUUACACAAAACCUGCAGAGUUGAAACCCAGGUUAAUGGAUCUUUCCACACCUUAAACUCCAGUUUAACAUCCGACUCAGUCGUUUGGAAAUCAAACUCAUGGUUUACCAACAAUAGCCAAGUCAACACGAUGUCGUCCGUUCCUGACAACCCACAUUUUACAUUUGAUGAUCGUUUCAGCAGCAAUCGAUCGCUUCAAGUUGUUGAUGUUGUGGACUCCUGGCUCCCUACUUCAGAAGAAACUUUUCAUAUGAAGAACCCAAAAAGCCACAUCAGACGGAAUGCUAUAGGCUCCACUCGCUUCUCCAAACAUUUGGCAUUAAAUUGGAUAAUGUUGCUUAGUAUGAUGGCCUUUGUCAGUGGUUAUUCAAUUGGCUUUGGUCCAAUGACUUGGUUGGUUCUUAGCGAGAUAUUUCCCGCGGGAAUAAGAGGACGAGCGUUUUCGUUCUCGAGCAGCUUCAACUGGGCGACAAACAUCCUGGUUACCUUAACGUUCCUGGAUACAAUCGAUACAGUUGGACUGUCUGGGACUUUCCUGUUCUACGGUUUGGUUGGUUUCGCUUCUGUGGUUUUUAUAUACCUUUUCCUCCCGGAGACGAAGGGAGAAUCCUUGGAACAGAUUGACAAACACUUCUCUGGUGCACGGGUCUCAGAAAUCAAAUGCUGUUGUCGAAUUCCUGACCGAAGAGGAGCGUCUGGGGACAGAUAUCAAAGAGUUGAAGUCUCAUCGUUGUAGAACACAGAGCUCUGAAGCCUUUCUCCUUUGGCACGAGAUUUUGUGACAACACUAAAUGAGAUUGAAUCUUGAUGAUGACAUCGAAUGGAAGGUGUCAGGGCUGGAUGCAGAUGUCCCAAUUUUUAUGGAUGUUUGUAACGACUUUCUUUUUACCUAAGUAUUUACACAGCUC